AUGAUUUCACAUUACUUUUCCGUCAUUCUUUUGGCAUUAAGUCCCAUUAUUAGCACUAUUUCUGCUCAGCCAGCCCAACCAGUCCGGCCAUUUGCCAAUAACAAUGCGUACGCAGUGGAAACCGAAGUAGACGAAACUGGCAACAAAUGGCUUUUCAAGGUCUGGGCAGAUGGCUACGUCAAAAAAGACAAAGAAGGCAAACUCCAGCCCGUUGACACCGUCAUGGUCAACAAAGUUUCAAAGCGCCUGACUGUUGUCCAAGCCAUGAAUGGUCUCGAUCCAACAAAGCCGCAUUUAAAAAUGCGGCAGGUUCUCAAAGAGUGCUGGACCAUGGCAGGCCUGGAGCCGUCAGAACUCAAGGAGGUAUUGGGCUACAAGAUCGAAAACGAAAACAUGCAGACCGCCCUUACCGACUGCCGCACCCUAAUCGGCAUCAAGUUCGACGCUUCUUUCAAGGUAUCCAGCACAGAUACGGACGAGGCCAAAAAGAGUUGUUGGGAUGCACUCGGAAACACCAUCUUCUCAAAAUCUAUUCGUGGCGCUAUCGCGGAUUUUGACCUCAACAAAGAGCUCAUUCAGAUCGAGGUGGAUUACGACAGUGAUAAUACGGGCGCUUGGGACUUCAUCUACUACCAGUUCUCGUAA